UCUCCCACUUCAGGCUACGUUGGCGUGAUUGAGGUUUUUCAUCAACUCCACUGCAUCAAUGUAUUGCGGCAAUACGCAUGGAAGGAUUCAUACCCCGAGGGUCUGUUGCCAACUCUGCUGAAGUAUAACUCGCCGGAAGUCGCAAGACAACAUGCAGAUCAUUGUAUCGAAACGCUGCGACAAGCAGUCACGUGUAACAGCGACGUUACUCCGUUCCUUAUAUAUCAAAAAGAGCCUUCACCUGGGGGAGGUAGAGGUCUAGAUGAGGACUUUGGAGCAUUCCAUAAGUGUAGGAGGUUUGACAAACUAUUGGAUUGGGUCAACGAAAAUGGGGUUGUUGUUACAUGGAGCAACAUACAAGAUGAUAUGUGA